AUGAACAAAAGGUUAAAUGAAUACUCUUUGAAUGUUUAUCAAGUAGUUUGCUUGGUUAUUGGAUUGUGUUGUGUCUGGUGUAGUUCUGAUGAGGAUUCAGAUGAGAUAGAUUUGUCUGCUAGAUUUAAAAGGCUCAUGUUAUAUAGAGAUAAUCAAAUAGCAUUGCAUUUUAUUGAAAUAGCCAAGGCAAUAAACGAUAUGAAAUCCUUAAGGAAUGAACAAUCAACACGAAUAAAUGCAAUAAAGAAGUACCAACAGAACCUCAAGGAAGAAAAGCAUGAGGCUUCUGAGAACAUGAACUCAACCCAAAGCGAUUGCAGCUUCUCUGACAAAUCAAUAGAGAGACUCAGACAGGAGAAGAUUGAGUUACUAUCUAUACUAGUCAGAGAAGAAGUAAUACAGGAAAGUGUUAAUAUAGUUGGCCAACAAAUGGAACAAUGGUCAUCUGAAUUCAAGAAUACCCAGAUGUCAGAGGAAUCGCGAAUAGAGAGCCUAGGUAAGCUAACAAAUAUAGCACAACAACUAAAACAAAUUAAGAGCGACGCAAUGAACCCACAAAAUCAAUCCCUCGAUUCAAAAGAAAGCAUACUUGAAAAUGGUCUAAUCGCAAUAGGUGCCCAUUACAAUUACAUUGUAUUAAAAAGCCGAAUCAAAGUGAUCAUAAUAGAAGAACUAACGAAAAUACUACCUAAGAUUGAUACGUUAGACCGGGGCAAUAUAACUCAAGUUGUGAAUUCAGUGACAGAUCGAAUAUUGAUAAAUGAUAAACUCAAAAGCCCCAACAUCAUAUUUAGGAUAAUUAAAGAAGCGCUAGUUUGGCUUGAUGAUAGGUCUAAAGAAAUGAAAGUCAAAAGUGAAAGUGAACAGGAGCCCACAGAUCCAGAGCCCUCUACUUCAAGAACUCAAUCAAGCAAUCCCCAAACUAACCCAAGCAGGCAUGGUUGA